AUGAUCGAGGACUCGGCAGACAGUCAGGGUCCGGACUGCGGGUCUAUAUGCAACGAGUCUGCAGCUCUGCAGGGCCAGGGGCCACCCAUGUUGGUCGACGCGUGGCUGGUGCCCACUUUCUUCGGCCUCAUCAUGCUGGUCGGCCUGGUCGGGAACUCACUGGUCAUCCACGUGGUCACCAAACACCAGCAGAUGAAGACGGUCACCAAUAUUUACAUAGUAAACCUGGCUACCACUGAUAUCCUUUUUCUUGUGUGCUGCGUCCCCUUCACCGCCACACUGUACCCACUGCCCAGCUGGAUCUUUGGAGAGUUUAUGUGCCGACUGGUGAACUACCUGCAGCAAGUGACUGCACAGGCAACAUGUAUCACUCUGUCAGCCAUGAGUGUGGACCGCUGCUAUGUGACUGUCUACCCUCUGCAGUCAUUACGACAUCGGACCCCAUGCAUGGCUCUGGCUGUUUCUGUGUCCAUCUGGAUUGGCUCCUUCCUUUUGUCGAUUCCUGUGGCGGUGUACCAGCGUCUGGAGGCGGGAUACUGGUUUGGUCCUCAGACCUAUUGCAGUGAGGUCUUCCCUUCAGCCCACCUCCAGAGAGCCUUCAUCAUCUAUAGCUUCCUGGCUGUCUACCUCCUGCCAUUGCUCACCAUCACUGCCUGUUAUGCCUUCAUGCUGAAGCGCAUGGGCCAGACCAGCGUGAAUCCCAUUGACAGUAGCUACCAACUUCAGGCUCAGGUAGAACGGGCAACAGCAGUGCGGGCAAGAGUCUCUCGUAUGGUGGUGGUGAUGGUGGCCCUGUUCCUCAUCUGCUGGGGCCCCAUUCAGGUCUGCAUUCUACUGCAAACGUUUGGCUUCCGCAGUUAUGUUCUCUACAAGCUGAAGAUUUGGGGUCAUUGUAUGUCUUACUCCAACUCCUCUGUCAACCCGCUUGUUUACGCCUUCAUGGGUAACAACUUCAGAAAGGCCUUCAAGCACGCCUUCCCUGCCGUGUUUCUGUGGCGUACGCGGCGGAGAGUCAGGGUAGGCAACAUGGACACGGAGGAAGGGGCAGAGAUGGAUCAUCAGACACCCAAAGGAGAAGCAGAGAUGCACUUUCUUUCAUCUGGGUCCUAA